CGCCUUUACUCCUUCCUUCGUCUUCUUCUCUUUCUUCUUCUUCUUUUAACUUCCUUCUCUGUGUCGAAGUGUACGGUCUCAUUAGGUUAGGAUGCCUUUCCAGAGGUUUGUGGAGACAGGCCGAGUUGCCUACAUUGCGGACGGACCCUACAAAGGAAAGCUCUGCUCCAUUGUAGAUGUUAUCAACCAAACAAAGGCCUUGAUUGAUGGCCCAGAGACUGGUGUGCCCCGUCAGGCCAUUCGUCUUAACCAGCUUCACCUCACCAAGUUCCGCAUUCGCUUCCCCUACACUGGUGGCACCCGCAUCGUCCGCAAGGCGUGGAAAGAUGGCAAGGUGGACGAAAAGUGGAAGGAAAGCGUUUGGUUCCAGAAAGUCGAGGCCAAGAAGAAGAGAGCUGAGAUGACAGACUUUGACCGCUACAAGCUGAGGUAUGCACGAAGGAUGCGCAACAAGAUCCGCUCCAGAGUGUUCCACAAGCUAAAAGCCACCAAGGGUGGACGGCCUAAGGGCGAGAAGAAAGAGCCCAAGAAGGGCAAGGCUGCACCCAAGAAGAAAUAACUGUUAAAAUUUUAAAUUUAUUAAAAAAUUUUUAAAAAAGUUA